GGACCGGGCAGGAGGGCGAACGGACGGAUCUUCUGCGGGGAACCAAGCGCGCAUCCAGGGCUUUAUUUCCCUCUGUCUCCUCUUGCAACCCCCCCUUUUUUUUCUUUCCUGGUUUUCCCUCCCGUGGAUAUGAGGGAAUAAGCAGCAGAGGAAUCGGCAGACGAAGAUUUCAAGUUGCAAAGAGUUCGGACAGGAGAAGAGGAAGAUGCUGGGGCUGGAGGUUGUUGUCCUCUGUCUUCUCCUUGGAGCUUUGACUCAUGGGCAGAAACCAGAAUGCAACAAGCAAAAUGAGUGUCCCAUAGACUUAUACUUCACCAUAGACACAUCUGAGACCAUCGCCCUGCAGGAGCCGCCCCCCGGCGCUCUCGUGAACAGCAUCAAGGAAUUCACAGAGCAGUUCGUACAGCGGUUGAAUGAUGAGGAAAUCAGAGGCCUCGUGCGGAUCCGCUGGAAUAUUGGUGGACUGCACUUCUCCCAGACGCAAGAAGUUUUCAGCCGCAUGGCAUCCAAGAGCGAGUUCAUUACCGGACUCAGGGGAAUCAAUUACCUGGGGAAAGGCACCUACAUCGACUGCGCCCUGAAGGCCAUGACAGAGGAGAUGCUGCGCUCGCCCUCUUACCCCUCGGCCCUGCGAUUCGCCGUGGUCAUCACCGACGGCCACGUCACCGGAAACCCCUGCGGGGGCAUCAAGGUGGCGGCGGAGGAGGCCCGCGAUAAGGGCAUCCGGAUGUUCGUCGUGGCCGCCUCGGAGAACAUCGAGGAGACGGGGCUGAGGGAGAUCGCCAACUCCCCGGUGACGGUCUACAGGAGGGAGUUCAAAGCCGUGGAUCUGCGCCAGGGCAGAGUGCCUGUGAUCGACACAGUCACCAUCGAUCGAAUCAUCAAAACAAUAAAACAUAUGGCUUUUGUAGAGUGUUACAAAGUGUCCUGUCUGGAGACACAAGGAGCGGACGGUCCGAAAGGCCACAGAGGACAGAAAGGAGCAAAAGGAGACAGCGGUGACCCGGGGCCCAAAGGAGAGAGAGGUCGGCCGGGAGACCCUGGUAUUGAGGGUCCCAUCGGUCAGCCCGGUAUCAAAGGAGAACCUGGUCUAAAAGGAGAGAAGGGAGAGUUUGGAACUCAGGGGAAAAAGGGUGUGGCUGGCGUCCACGGACGCAACGGAACAGAUGGCCAGAAGGGGAAAAUUGGACGCAUUGGAGCUCCGGGCUGCAAAGGAGAUCCUGGCGACAGAGGUCCUGAUGGUCACCCUGGUGAUGUUGGCGAACGUGGUCCUCCUGGAACCGAGGGAGAGAAGGGAGAUCCUGGACGCCCCGGAAGGCCCGGUCCACUCGGCUCGGCUGGAGACCCAGGACCAAAGGGAGAGAGAGGAAGUCCUGGAUCACCUGGACUUCCUGGACAGAAGGGAAACCCAGGGACUCCCGGACUUCCCGGAGCCAGAGGAGAGCCGGGAAGAAGGGGAGAGUACGGCCCAAAAGGAGCUUCCGGACGAGACGGUGGUGCGGGAGAAAAGGGUGAAAGUGGGCCAGAGGGGUUGAGAGGAGUUCCAGGUGAUCCCGGAAACAAAGGGUCGAAGGGAGACAAUGGCUUGCCAGGACCGAGAGGAGCACCAGGGACACCGGGAGAACCUGGAAAAAAUGGUACCAGAGGGGAUCCUGGUGAUGCUGGACCAAGGGGUGAGCCUGGACCACCCGGACCAAAGGGAGACCUUGGAAGACCUGGCUUUAGCUACCCUGGCGCACGAGGACCCUCGGGCGAUAGAGGGGAGAAGGGCAACCGCGGACCUCGUGGCAGCAGAGGCGACUGUGGCCAGAAGGGUGAACCCGGAGUUAAGGGAACUCCAGGAGAGGCUGGCGAGCCAGGACCUGCCGGUGAACCUGGACUUAGGGGACCAAGAGGCGAGCCUGGACGUGAAGGAGAUCCCGGUCCUGAGGGAGAUCCUGGUCUCACUGAAUGCGACGUGAUGAACUACAUCAGAGAGACAUGCGGCUGCUGCGACUGCGAGAAACGCUGUGGCGCCCAGGACAUUGUGUUUGUUAUUGACAGCUCAGAGUCAGUGGGUCUCACCAACUUCACCCUGGAGAAGAACUUUGUCAUCAACACCAUCAACAGACUGGGAUCCUUCGCCAAAGACCCUCAGUCAGAGACGGGCACGAGGGUCGGAGUGGUUCAGUACAGUCACAAUGGGACCUUCCAGGCCAUCCGGCUCAACGACUCCAAGAUCGACUCAUUGUCUGCAUUCAAGGAAGCUGUGAAGCGUUUAGAAUGGAUCGCUGGAGGAACGUUCACUCCAUCUGCUCUGAAAUAUGCCUACGACAACCUGAUCCGGGACAGCCGCAGGCAGAAGGCUCACGUCACUGUGGUCGUCAUCACCGACGGACGCUUCGACCCCCGAGACAACGACAAGCUGCUCACCUACCUCUGCAGCGACCCCAGAGUCGACGUGAGCGCCAUCGGCAUCGGAGACAUGUUUGCGCAAGUCGAGGAGAACGAGAGCCUGAAGAGCAUCGCCUGCCAGAAGCAGGGCCGAGUGAUGGGCAUGAGGCGCUUCGCAGACCUCGUGGCUGAAGAGUUCAUUGACAAAAUCGAGACGGUGCUCUGCCCAGAACCGACGAUCGUGUGCCCUGAUCUUCCAUGUAAAUCAGAGCCUGCCGUGGCGAGCUGCGUUGAGCGGCCGGUGGACGUGGUCUUCCUGCUGGACGGCUCUGAGAGGAUGGGCCUGGAGAACCACCGGAGAGCCAAGGAGUUCAUCGAGAACGUGGCCCGCCGCCUCCUGCUGGCCAGCGGCCCCAACGACGACCGCAACGCCCGCCUGGCUCUGCUCCAGUACGGCAGCCCCACGGAGCAGAAAGUGGAGUUCCCGCUCUCCCACGAGAUCAACGUGAUCUCUGAUUCGCUGGCAGCUGUCAACUACAUGGAUUCCUCUUCCGCUCUGGGCAGCGCCAUCAUCUACGCCGUCAACAAUCUGGUUUUCCAGGGUAAUGGCCGAGGGGCGCGUCGCAGCGCCGAGGUGUCGUUCGUCUUCAUCACCGACGGCAUCACCGCCAGCGAGCAGCUGGACGAGGGCGUGGACGCCAUGAAGAGGGCCGGCGGCGUCCCCACCGUGAUCGCGAUGGGGAGCGACACCGACGACGAGGUGCUGCGCAAGAUCACGCUAGGAGACACGUCGGCCAUUUUCAAAGGAGACAGCUACAUGAUGCUGAACAAACCCGCGUUCUUCGAGCGCUUCAUCCGCUGGAUAUGCUAACGGGGGACUGUGUAGCUCUACAGCAGCGAUAAGAAUCAGGUCAGAAGGCUCCGGCUCCUUCUGCGCACAUCUAAACACACACGUCGAGAGCGCCUUCGUGGUCAUUAUCAAUACUGGAUGUAAGGCACUGAGAAGGCUACAUAUCCUGUGGGUGACGAUUCAACAUGAAAGCCAAAACACAAACACACUCAUGCACACAGACACACACCACACAAUUUAGAACAUUUCCAACCAAAGACACUCAUACAUAUCCCAAAGGAGAAGUAUAUGAUUAUUGAAUGUGUACCAAACAAAUUGUAGGCUUUAUUUUUUUGUAUUCUCUCUCUCUCUCUCUCUCUCUCUCUCUCUCUCUCUCUCUCUCUCUCUCUCUCUCUCUCUCUCUCUCUCUCUCUCUCUCUCUCUCUCUCUCUCUCUCUCUCUCUCUCUCUCUCUCUCCACACUAGUCAGUAUUUACAUUAAAGGUGCUAAAUUCAAAAAAAGGACAAAGCCAUUUGUCGGGUUCUUAAAGCUUUCUACAUUAUGUUUUGCUGUAAUUGCUGUAGUUUCUUCAGGGCAUAAAAUUAUGUAUAUAAGACAUACACAUACACCAAAAAAAAAUCCCCCAAAUUAACUUCGGCUUCACACAAAUCGUAAACACACAAAGGCACAGACAUAUGCUCAAGCGAACCACACCUGCAUUGACAGACAAACAUGAAAGCAUGAAGUCCAGAUCAAGCCGAAUGUUGUGGCCAGAACCUCUUUUUUUUCGUGAGUUCAGUGCUGCAGCGGCCAUAAUGAAGAAGAUGUUGUUGAAAGGCUACAUUACAGGAGUAUUGCACAGCUGACUCACUUCACAACCAAUAAAGUCCAGCUUCCCAC